AGAAGGAAGACUAUUUGGUUCAGAACAAUGCGGAAGGGAUUUCUGAGGGACCUUGUGACACGUGGGAUCAGGAUGUUGAAAUGGACGACUCGUUCAACAGUUGUGAAUCAGGACGUGCAGCAAAGCUUCCUCAAGGUAAUGACAAAGAUAAGGAGUCCAGUUGGCACCAAUCGGAUCGGAAGCAGUGGAAUGAUGUGGCUGCUUCGGUUGAGCGUGAUGAAUCUUUGAGUAGCAGCCAAUCUUCGGAUCACAGGGGUGAUACCAGAUCACAAAAUAGAAGAGAAAGUUAUGUGGGAUGGAAACGCAAUGAAAGGUCUUUCUAUCAGCCACCAAACAGAAAUGACGAGCAUGGCACACGUAAUUUCCAAAAUGACAGAGCCAAUAGACAUGACAACACUUAUAGAGAGAGGGGAAGAGGAGUGGAUAAUAGAGGUGAUCGUGGUCAAAACUAUAACCAGAAUGUGAAUGAGAGGGGAAGAGGAAUGGAUAAUAGAGGUGAUCGUGGUCAAAACUAUAACCAGAAUGUGAAUGAGAGGGGAAGAGGAAUGGAUAAUAGAGGUGAUCGUGGUCAAAACUAUAACCAGAAUGUGAAUAAUUGCAACAUUCGUGACCACAGAAUGAGAACUACAGGUGAACCACAAGUUGUCACAGAGACUUCUGGUGAUCUUUUUACUGCGCCAGCAGACUACUCCCUUGCACACUGUGUUGCAGAGGAUAUGCGCAUGGGGAGUGGAAUAGCUGUCACAUUUAGGCAGACGUUCAGACGUGUGGAUGAGCUUCUUGAUCAACGUAAACGACAAGGGCAGGUUGCAGUGCUGGAACUUGAUAGCCGCUUCAUUUAUUACCUUGUGACUAAACGUGAGAGUACUGGGAAACCAACAAUGGAAACACUAGAAAGGAGUCUUGUGGCUAUGGGUCAACAUGUUAUUGAGAACAAUGUGAAAAAAAUUGCAAUGCCUCGCAUUGGUUGUGGUCGUGACAGAUUGGAGUGGCGCCGUGUCAAGCCACUUAUAGAAAGCAUCUUUUCAGGAACAGGUGCACAAAUCAUAGUUUACAAUUACGAUGAGGAUACGGCAGAAUCAUCAAAACCUAAGCACACCAGUAAUGUUUGGUUGAAGAGCGCACAGAUGCCAGUAGCUGACAUUGAUGUAGAUACUGCUAUUUUGUGCCUUUGUGCAGCAGAUCGCUCGGUCAACUCAACAUUAGAAUUAUUGGACAGAAAAUUCAGAAUAAUGUCGCAGUAUCAGCAAAUGGACAGAAAGCUUGGCAAAUUUAUUGCUAUACAAAAACCAAAUUAUUACAUUUUCCUUUUAAUUGUUAGAGAGAGCAAAAGCAGUCCACUUUCGUUUAGAGCACUUGGAGACUGUAUGCGGCAAGUCUGUAAGUUGAUUGACAAGGACAGAUACGAAUAUGUUGCUGUAGAAGCUUUUGAUGACGAGGAUGAUCCACUUCUAUUCGAAAAAGUCAUAACUGUAAUAAAGACAGGACUCGAUACAAAGUAUGAAAAAGAGUUGUGGUUAUGUUAUCCUGCAACAGUUUCAAGAGUACCCAACACAAGGCCAAGCAGUGAAACAUAAUGCUCUUUCAUAUAUUAUAGUUCUUUGUAAUGAUAUUAAACAAGUGAAUGUAAAAUAAAAAUGUAAGAAUAUUUUCAUAAAUAAAUGUAAUUGGUGUA